UACAGUCUUUCUUGUUCAUUGGUCAUUAAGGCCACAUUGACCAGACGCGUGUAGUGCAACAUACUCGAGCAUAUUCCGAUAAUGAUUUCCAUACGAAUGUUUGUGAUGGUUGCCACGGGUGUGGCUGCCUCGCUGGUCUCGGGCCAGGUCACAACUACGACGACACCUCGUCCCGUUAACCCCUAUGUCCCGCUAGGGCAUCACGCCGGGGCAUUUGAUGGUCAGAGGUUCCUUGGGGGCGGCCAUCAUGGGCAUCACAAACCACAUCAUGGAUACGGGGACGGUCAAGGCUAUCAAAGUGGAUACGGCCGAGGCUACGGAGGUGGCUACGGCCAAGGUUUUGGUUAUGGUGGAGGUCAAGUUGGGAGCUACGGUGAUGGUUAUGGCCCAGCCCACAGUGGAGGCUACGGUGAUGGUUAUGGCCCAGCUUACAGUGGGGGUUACGGUGAUGGUUAUGGCCUAGCUUACGGUGGGGGCUACGGUGAUGGCUAUGGCCUAGCUUACGGUGGGGGCUACGGUGAUGGUUAUGGCCCAUCUUAUGGCGGAGGCUACAGUGAUAGCUAUGGCCAAGCUUACGGUGGGGGUUACAGUGGUGGUUAUGGUCAUAACUUAGGAGAAUUCGGUGGCGGUUACGGUGGUGGCUCAGUAGGAUAUGGCGGAGGCUACUGAGCCAUUAGCUGCUACGACCACGUCUGAGAACAGAAGAUGAGACCUACAGACCAAGAUGCGUACAUGCAUACAUGUAAUGACGGAGCUAGUAAAUAGUGAAUGAAUAACAUGGUA